AUGAGGGCGGAGGCGGAGGCGGAGGCGGCGGCGGCGGAGGCAGCGGCGGAGGCGGCGGCUGUAGAGGCGGCAGUGGCGGCCGUGGCGGCGGCGGAGGCUCAAGAGGCGGCGGCAGCGGCGGCGGCAGCAGAGGCAGCGGCGGCGGCGGAGGCAGUGGAGGCGGCGUCGAGUGUCGCCGCCCUCGCCGCCGCCGCCGCGCCGCCCGCCGCCGUCCCUCUCGACGAGCUCACCGCGUGGACCGACGGCUUUGCCGAGGCGCGCAAGGUGGGCGAGGGAGGCUUCGGGCGCGUCUACCGCUGCGACGCGCUGCCGUCGCUCCCGCGCGUCGCUUGCGGGUUCGCCGUCAAGACGGCGCUGGUCGGUGUCGGCGCCCAAGGCCUCGCCGAGCUGCAGAGCGAGACCGGCUCCCUAUUUCCCACUCCGUUCGGCGAGGGCUCCUCUGCGGGCCGCUACUACACGGCCCCCGCGCGGAUCUCCGGCCGCUCCAAGCGCGAGCCUUGCGACGGGCCACACGCCGCUCCGGCGCUUCUCGGCGAGGGGCAGCCGGGUAUGUGGCCAAGGGUGCGCAAGCAGCGGACGCCGGACGGAGCGAUGGACAUCUGGGAGCUCAGCGAGCGCUGCGCCGCCACCGCUCCGCCGCCGUUCGAAGGCGCUCUGGAUGAGGGCGCCAAUCCGGCCAAGGGCGACGAGGACGCCGCCGACACCCUCGCGGAGCUCGGCGAUGGCUUCAAGCGGAUCUCGAUCCCCGACCCGGCGGAUGCGGCGGCCCUGGCGCCGAAGCCCGACACCGAGCCCCCUUCGCCGUGCGCCGCCUCCGUCGCCAGCAACAGCUCUCGCCUCUCCGACAUCCGGCUCUCGCAGCUCGAGGCGCUAGUCGCAGAGGAGGCGGCGGCGAAGGCGGCGGCGCAGGCGCACUUCGAGGCGGAGGAGGCGCUGCAGCAGCUCCACGCGUCCGGGCAGGUCGCCGACGAGAUGUUCUACGGCCUGAUCGGCCAGGCCAGCCGGCCGGCCAUGCACUUUGCGGAGCCGGCGGCGCACGCGAUGCACAUGCACAUCCCUCCCGCGGUGCCGCAGCGGUCCCUCGCGGCGGCGGUCACCGUGCCGAAUCUGCUCCCUCCCGCCCGCUCGCCACACGGCCGGCCGAGCGCCACGGCGGUCGAGAUGGAGCUCGGCGGCCGGCGGGGCAAGGAGGUGGAGCGGAAGGAGUGGCUGGCUUCCGAGGAUCAGAUUAUCCGCGACGGAGUGCAGCGCCUCGGCUGCCGCUGGCGGCGCAUAGCGGAGCGGCUUCCGGGCCGGUCGGACGACGCGGUGCGGAACCGGUGGAACCGGCUGAAGGAGAUGGAGCGCAAGGGCCCCGACGCGUGCGACGCGGCGCCCGACGAGCUCAGCGAGUCGAGCGGCGGCGCUGCGCGGCCGGCCGCCGCCUC